GGCACUGGCUGUGCCGUGGAGAAAAACGUGCAUUCAUUCCGUUCAGUGUGUCAGUGUCAGUAUCAAACCCAGCAGCCCACCGCGGAGGGAGCCUGCGGGACUGUGUGUUUUCAUAAACGCUGCAUCCAACCUGCACCAGAUAAACAGAGGGAUCCAUAAAGGGAGCAGUGGCAUGCAUGCAUAAAUGUGUUUACAGAGGCUGAAUGUGGUCGAGGUUUUGCAGGAUUUAAAAGUGGACUACCGCUGAUGACACACUGAGGCUCAGCCACUUCUCACUGUGUGCAUUGUUUCACCUCCUGCCAUGGAAUAUUUUGCCUCCUAAUUCGUCAAAGGAUUAAAAAGUGAUAAAGUCUUCUUUUCGCUCUCCAUGGUGCUUGAAGGCAGAGACAUGGACGGGAUCGGGAACACCAUGCAGAAGAAGGCUGCAGAGCUGGAGCGCCUGGCCGAGGUCCUUGUCACCGGAGAACAGCUGAGGCUACGGCUCCAUGAGGCGAAGGUGAUCAAGGAUCGACGUCACCACCUGCGAACCUACCCAAAUUGUUUUGUGGCUAAGGAGCUUAUUGACUGGCUGAUAGAACACAAGGAGGCCACAGAAAGAGACACGGCCAUCAAGAUCAUGCAGAAACUGUUGGACCAGAGCAUCAUUCACCACGUGUGCGACGAACACAGAGAGUUCAAAGACAUGAAGUUGUUUUACCGCUUCCGAAAGGACGACGGCACCUUCCCAUUGGACAGUGAAGCCAAGGUCUUCAUGAGGGGCCAGAGGAUCUAUGAGAAGCUGAUGAACACAGAAAACAACCUCUUACAGACCAGGGAGGAGGAGGGGGGGACUUUUGAGCGGACGCUGGUGGCGUCUGAGUUCAUCGACUGGCUCUUGCAGGAGGGGGAGAUGCCGACCAGGGAGGAGACUGAGCGACUGGGACGGAGGCUUCUUGAACACGGCAUCAUCCAGCACGUCACCAACAAGCAUCACUUUGUGGACGGACCCCUCCUCUACCAGUUCAGGAUGAACUUCCGGCGGCGGCGGCGGUUGAUUGAACUCCUCCACGAACGUGGCCGCACCAUCCCAGAGAGUCACGAUAGUCCUUUCUGUCUCCGCAAACAGAACUCAGACGGAGGCAACACCAGCUUCCUAUCAGUGAGUCCCACUAAAGAGAUAAAGGUGGCGGUGGGGGUCCGUCGUAGCAGCAUGAGCAGCAGCUGUGGCAGCAGUGGUUAUUACAGCAGCAGUCCCACGCUCAGCAGCAGCCCACCAGUCCUCUGUAACCCCAAGUCUGUUCUCAAGAGACAAGUGAGUCCGGAGGAGCUCCAGACACCAGGAGGACCAUUUAUAAAGAAGACAUUCACUAUUGUCGGCGAUGCUGUGGGCUGGGGGUUUGUUGUUCGAGGCAGUAAACCCUGUCAUAUCCAGGCUGUGGACCCUGGUGGACCUGCAGCUGCUGCUGGUAUGAAGGUGUGUCAGUUUGUGGUGUCAGUGAACGGACUCAACGUCCUCUCUCACGACUACCGGACCGUCAGCAACCUGAUCCUGACCGGACCCAGGACAAUCGUCAUGGAAGUGAUGGAGGAAGCAUAAUUUGGAGGAGCUGAACCUCGUAGAGGAGAGGCACAACGUGGUCGACUUUGAGAGCGAGGACUGGAAGGAUUAACAACUUGACCUCAAAACCACAACGGCAGAGAAAAGUGGAUCACUUGAAACAUGACUCGCACUCUCUGUGUCUGUUUGGACAAAGUAGACGACGGAGAAACCAUGUGUCUUUAAGAAUGUGGGUCUUCGAGUCAACUCUUGGAUUAAAAACAAUGCAGGUAUUUCUGGAUUUUGAGGGAAGAAGCAACGUCCACAGAUUUAUCCAGAGAGUCUCAGUGAUGUGGCCCUGGCUUUGUGUUUGGACUAGAAAGGCCUUUUUGUCCUGUUUUUGUUUGAGAUUCACACCAGAGCUGUCCCGUGAGUCUGAGUAUAAAAAGAUGUCCAAGUGUGUCAUCACAACGUGGAGAUGAACGAGAGAGAAUAAAUCACAUGCAGUGACCUCUAACCCACUUAGGUUUCUACCAUCCAUGGAGUUGGCCCUACACUGCCCUCUGCUGGUGACAAAACCAAGACAUAAGGAGGGACACACAACUGUUACUGAUUAAAAGAGGUGUAUCUUUUAUUGUCUUGCUUGAGAACAACCAUGUUAAAGAGAAGAAACAAAAACAAUGUAAACUCUUAAAACUGAUAAACGUAUAGCUACAGGAAAUUACUUGUAAAAAGAAAAAGCAGUGAUAAACCUUGUAUGACAUUACCACGCACAAUGUAUAUAGUACAUUAUAAAAGACAACACUGCUCAAGCCAAAACUUCAUAUCACCUUAGAAACUUUAUAAAUAGCUGUGUCAUAAAGAACCAAUCAUCCUUUAUCUCUAAUAAUCUGAUAAGAAAUUAUCUUUAUUAUUCUUUAUUCAGAACUGUCAAAUCCCUUUCUAAGAACUGCUAUCACUGAAAACAAAACACUUUAUGCACUGGUUUGCUCCGUACCAAAUUAAUUCUCAGCUAUAAUUGGAUUCAUGCUGUGCUGCCAGAGUGGAAAAAGUAUGUAACAUCUGGAAUUGUCAGAUUUAGAUGAACAGUAGAGUGUGUUUCAGGGGUUUCAUCUAUAUAUUCUCAGAUUGAAGAGCGAAGCCAUUAAGCACUGCUUGUAAUUGACGAAAGCACUUGAGUGACAAAAGCUCCCUUUUAGUUAAAGAACUGAAGUUUGAUUUUAUAUAUAUAUAUACACACACACACACACACAAAUAUGUACAUACAGAUUAUAUAACUUGCAUAUAAUCAAACAUUGCUUAUUUGCAUCUUUAGGUUUUCCCAUGUCUUAUGUUCAAUAGUUAUAUGUAAAGUGGAUUCCUGUCCAGUGUGUUCACUAGAGGGAAAAGUCCACCAAAUUACAAAAUCCUCCUUGUUUUCCACUUAACCCUCAAAGUCUGUGUACGUGUUUUUCUUUUUUCUUUUUUUUUUCUUUAAUAUCUGUCACAAAACGAUGAAAAGUGAAGUGAAUUUAUUUUUUUAAGUGACACCAUUUAACAUUUUCAAGCUGUGAGUGUUAAUUUGAGUUACUCUUUAGUGAAGAAAUAUGGAAAUCUGAGUGUUUUUAUCUCAGAUAUUAUAUCUGGAAAGGGAUCAUGCUUUAUUUAUACAGUUGGUGACUUGAGAUACCACUUAGAGUUAAGUGACUGUUUUGUAAUUUGUGUGAAUUGCCCCGUUGUGUUGAAAAUUAAAUAUUUACUGAACAUAAACUUGAUAUUUACAGAUUUGUAUAUUAGCUUCCACGUUAACAUCAGAAUCACUGUAUGUUUGUAGACAUACUAGCAUGGAGGGAUAAUAUUAAAAGCUGUAAAAUACUGAAAAGAAGAGCAUGGAUAAGAACUAUUGAUGCUUGUAUGUGUCUGAAAACCUGUAGUCGACUCAAGUAAACACUUGCUUACUUGGUUGUUAUAGACAAAAAAAAACUGCCAAGUAAAAAGGCAAAAAAUUAGUUCAGUUAUCACAGAAAAGCUAACGAUUUCUGUAAACUGAAACGUUUUUGUGGUCGAGGUUAGAGUUUAUUCAAGAGAUCUACAGUAGAAUUAAUCCUGUCACAGUAAACUGAAGUGAAUCAUUUCAUUGGUUUGAAUCGAUGUGCUCCAAUGUUGUAGGCAGCGAAAUGCAUGAUUUGUAUUAAUCUGUGUUUAUGUGGCUUCGAAUCCAUUGUGUUUCUUCAAUCUCCUAGAUCUGAGUUACCUGACAAAUCAUUUCAGACGCAUAUGAAAAUUAAUGCACCAAUUUCUCUUCUUGCAUUAUAAAAAUUGUAAGAAUAGACAGAAUCUCCCACAUUGUCAUGAUUAGGAUGUAAUUGUAUAAUCUUUGUAGAAAGAUGUUUUUGGGGUUGGAUGUUGUUACAUUUAUCUGACUAUAACACAGCUGCUGAUCUUCCAUUAUCCACCGAUGUUGUUUUUACCUUUUAAUUCUGUUCACAUGGAUAUUUUGUGGAAGGGUUUGCUGUACAUGUCAAAAGAAAGUAAUGAAACCUAGACACAGAUACAGUUUUUUUUCAGGUGGUAGAUGUACAUUUUUCUGCCAAUUUUUUACAGGAAAUGCAACAAACUAAAAUAAUAUUUUAACAAAAGGUUUCUAUUAAAAUCCAUGACUCAAGAGACUGUUAGGUGAAAGCUUUUUACUGUAGAUGCAUUUGUCAUUUGUGAAAUCUGAAGUCAGCGUGUGUUCACUUUUGUUUUAAUUAUAAACUAAACUACCUGCAGUUUCCAGCUCUGUCUGGAAAUCUAUCUGGGAAAAAGGGUUGGGAUUGUGGAAUAAAGAGGAAAAAAGUUGCCUGUGAUUGUUUGCCUGAAGGCAUAUUUGUAAAGGGGACACUGGAUGGUGGAAAGAUAUAAAUAUGCAGAGUUUGAUGUUUCCUUUUACUGCCUAAAAAGUUUGAUGUCUAUGAAAGUGUUGAGCGGGUUCUUUAUGGUCAUAGUUUGUUGAAACUGGUUCACCGACUGUUCAACAAUAAGCCUGAAAACAUUUGCCUUAAUGACUUCUUUUGCUGCUAAUCACAGUAGGUCGUCAUCUAAUCUCAUGUUCUCUCUGCUUUCCACUUUAUCGUCACUGAUCAUGAGCGCCGGUUUUAUUGUGUGGACAAUCAAUGUUAUGCCGACACCUUUAAAAAAAUAUAUAUACGAAAAGCACAAUAAUGGUUUCAACAGUGAACGCAAUGGUCUGACAGAAUGUAUCCCAGCACUGUUAGUAUCAUGUGUAUACUUUCAUUUACAUGUCUUUGCUUUAACUUCACCUGGUGAGGCCAUAGUUUUAUUUUUUAGUAGUUUCUGCCGUUAUUUUCCUCUGUUUCCAGACGUUGAAUGUCGGGUUGAAGACAAUAAAAGCUCACAAAACCACAGUCUGUUUUUGAAAAAGCAGCUUACGUUCAUUCUGAUGUUCUAAUGUAUUAAAAAGCUGAUUAAGUGUUUAAUAAACAAACUGAUUCAACUACA